GCCAGGCUAUCAAACACGUAAUCAAGCCAGGGCUAUACGCUUUAAAAGCAACACACACGGUGUAUGCACGAAUUUUAUCGUGUUGGUGUUGUUUAUUGAAUCUGUUCAUCACCAUCAUUUGAACAAAAAAGUUUAUCAAUUGCAUCCAAUCAAGGUUUGGCAAAUAGGGAAAAGAAAGCAAAUCUCUUUCACAUUUCUCAUCAUUCGCCAUGCCGGGCAAGAGAGCAAAUCCACGUAAAAGGACAUCGGAUGAACGCAGUAAUGGGAGUAAAUCACCUUCUCAUGCUCCGAGAAGUGAUGGCAGAACGGCAGCCUCAAAAAGACGAAUCGUUGAAGAUAGCGAUAGUGAAGAAGAGGAUGUAGAAGUUCUAGCAGAUGAAGAUAGCGAUGAAGAAGAAGAAGAAGAAGAAGAAGAAGAAGAAGAAGAAGAAGAAGAAGAAGAAGCCUCAGAUGACAAUGGAAGUGAAGAUGUAGAAGAGGAGGAUGAAGAUGAAGCAGACUCUGAAGAAGAGGCAAGCGAAGAAGAGGCAGGCAAAAAUGAAGACGCGGUAGCUAGCGAAGGAGAAGGAGACAGUGAAGAGGAUCUUGCUGAUGAAACAUUAAUAGAACGCAGCUUGGUGGUAGCUGAUAGCAGUGAUGAAGAAGAGCAAGAACAGCCUGAGCAACCAAAAAGAAGAGCUCGUGUUGUGAGUGCAGCAGAAUAUCGCGUCAAAAGAGAAGAGCCUGAACAGGAAUCAUUCGAUCGAGAAAGCACACCACAAGCCUCAUCCUCAUCAACAACGGGACCUCAAACGCCUGACAAACACAGAAUAGCCGUCAAAUCGGCCACGCCUACUUCUGAUGCUCCAAAUUUACCUUAUACUCCACGACAUGCAGGCGGUUCAGCAGCAUUCACCCCGAUGAGUCAAUCAAAAACACCCGCACCUCAAGAACCACCAGCACCACCCAAAACACGAUUGAUCAUCCACAAAAUGGUUUUGCGUAACUUCAAGUCUUAUGCAGGAGAACAAAUCAUUGGUCCCUUCCACAAAUCUUUCUCAGCCGUUGUAGGUCCAAACGGAAGUGGAAAGUCCAAUGUGAUCGAUGCAAUGCUUUUCGUUUUUGGAUGGCGUGCAAAUAAGAUGCGACAAGGAAAAUUGAGCGAAUUGAUCCAUAAUAGCGCAGGUUCACUGAACAUCGGAAGUUGUACUGUUGAGGUGCAUUUCCGUGACAUCUAUGAUCUUCCAGGCGAUGAUUUCAAGCCGGUGCCCAACACGAAGCUCGUCGUCGCUCGUACAGCUUACCGAAACAAUUCCUCCGUUUACACAAUGAACGGCAAGAAGUCAAGCUUUACAGAAGUAACUACAUUACUCAAAGAGCGAGGAAUCGAUUUGGAUCAUAAGCGUUUCUUGAUCUUACAAGGUGAAGUGGAAAGUAUUGCGCAAAUGCCACCAAAAGCAAAGAAUGAGCACGAAGAAGGUCUGCUAGAGUACCUUGAGGACAUUAUCGGAACCAGCUCGUACAAGACUCCAAUCGAAGAGGCCUCCAAAAAGGUGGAUGAAUUGAACGAAGUGCGUGGUGAACGUCUUGCACGACUCAAAAUUGUACAAAAGGAGAAAGAUAGCUUGGAAGGAAAGAAACAAGAAGCUGAAGGAUUUUUACGUGAUCAGAACGAGCUUACGAUGCGACAAUCCACCCUUUAUCAAAUAUACAUGAUGGAAUGCAAGGAUGAGAUGAAGAUUGCAACAAUCUCGGUAGAAAAGUUACGCAAACGAAUAGAAGAAGAGACCGAAAAGAAUGCCGGAUCCAAAGCAGAGAUGGAGCAAUUAGACGCAGAAUUCAAAGCAAUCAAUGCCGAAUACGAAAAGAUUGCCAAAGAAACCGACAAGGUUGUCAAGGAAUUGUCAAAGUUGGAAAAAGAUGACGUCCAAUUGAAAGAGCAACGUAAGCACCUUGAGACGAAGAAGAAGAAGAUCGAGAAGAGUAUGAAUGACGAAAAACAUGCAACAUCAGAAGCCAGAUCAACCCUUGAAAACUCCUCCGAAGAGAUCAGUAAUCAUGCCAAAGAAGUAGCUAAGCUGGAAGAUUCACUCGAAAAGGAAGAGGCCGAAUUGGAAAAAGUUCGUGAAGGCUUGAAAGGUAAAACGCAAGCAUUCAAUGAUGCGAUUGAAAAGAAGCAAAAAGAGCUACAACCAUGGUCUGCCAAAAGAAGCGAGAAGCAAAAUGCCAAACAAGUUGCAACGGAAGAGAAACGACUUUUGGAAGAUAGAUUCGGUCAGGUGGAAAAAGAAGCAGAAGAUGCAAAAAUUUCACUGCAAACUGUUGAAUCGUCUAAUGAAAGCAAAGUGGAAGAGCUUGAACGUCUCAAAGAAGAAAAGGUUCAACAAGGCAAGAAAGUUCGACAAUAUCAAGCUGAACUUGAUGGCAUGGAAGCUGAAGAAGUACAAUUGCGUAACAAGGCAUCAUCCUCUCGCUCGAAAUGCGAAGAAGCUAGAACGUCCGUGCAAUCCAACCAAUCACGCGGGGAGGUAUUGAACAGUCUUGCUCGUCAAGCAGAUUUGGGUAUGAUCAAAGGAUUCCAUGGACGAUUGGGCAAUCUUGGUGUUAUUGAUGAAAAGUAUGACGUUGCCAUUAGUACAGCUUGCCCUGGAUUGGACAACAUUGUCGUUGAAGGAGUUGAAACAGGUCAAGCUUGUAUCGAGCAUCUUCGUCGUAAUAAUUUGGGACGAGCAAACUUCAUUCUGCUAAACAGUCUUGCCAAGAUGAACCUUGGACCGAUCAAUACGCCUGAAAACGUACCACGUCUGUUCGAUCUCGUCAAGCCAAAAGAUCCACGUUUUGCGCCAGCCUUUUACCAUCAAUUGCGUGAUACAUUGGUAGCACAAGAUCUUCCACAUGCAAACCGAAUCGCGUAUGGUGCUCAAAGGUGGCGUGUUGUGACAUUGGACGGUCAAUUGAUCGAUAAGAGCGGUACGAUGUCAGGUGGUGGAACAAGGGUAGCAAAAGGUGCGAUGAGCUCAAAAGCAUUCGCACAAGAUUAUACAUUAGAACAAAUUUCUAGAUUAGAUCGAGAAAGUAAAUUAGAUCAAGAUUCUCUUGCAAGUCAUAUCAAACACAAGAAUGAAAUGAAAGCACUUCUGGAUAAAGCAAUGCAAAGAAUGCCUCAGAUUGAUAUCGAAAUGGAAAAAGUUCAGCUUGAUAUCUCAACUGGCGCAAAGAUGGUAACAGAAGCGAAACGUCGUAUCAAAGAGCUUCAAUCGAAUCAUGGACCGGAUGCAGGUGAUUUGAAACGGGUUGAAGAGUUGAAUGCAACUAUCUCGAAAUUGGACUCUGAACUUGCUGAUCUAACGUCCAAGACAUCUUCCAUCGAAGAGGACAUUGCUGCUUUGCAAGAAAAGAUUCUAGAAGCCGGUGGUGUUGCUUUACGCGCUCAGAAGAGUAAAGUUGAUGGAAUCAAAGAACGAAUCGACUUGUAUGGUGAACGAAUCACUAAAGCCGAAGUUGCAAAAAGCAAAGCAGAUAAAGAUUUGCUGAAAUUCGCUAAAAGUCUUGAAAAGAAUGAAGAAGCUUUGAGUGGUAUCGAAGAAGAGUUGAGCAAUGUGAUGGAUACGCUCACAAACAAGGGAUCCAAAGUUGAUGAGAUUCGCAAAAGAGUACAAGAAUGUCAAUUUGAAAUGGAAGCAAAGCAAGAAGCCAAAGAUGAAACAAAGUCGAAGUAUGAUGCAUGCAUGGAAAGUAUCAAUUCAUUCCGCGCCCUCGAGAUGGAAAUCCGUCAAAAGCUUGAAGAUAAUGAAAAGUCUCUUGGCGAUAAUGAGAGGCGCCUAGCGCAUUGGCGAGAGAAACAUGAAAAGCUUGAAUUGCAUCAUAUCGACUCUGAUGAAGAUGUUGAGGGCGAAGCUGAUCGCAAGAAUGCAGAAGAAAAGCCUGACGGAGACCAAGCAGAUGCUGAAGAUUCAAAGGCUGCUGAAGGUGCAGAGACAGCUGAUAAAGGUAUCGAUUCGCAAGAAAUGACCCGUUCGUUAGAGUUGCAAGAAUACUCACCAGACGAGCUAAAAGGUAUGAGCAAAGAUACGAUCAAGGCCGAGAUUGUCGUGUAUGAAGAGAAGUUGCAAAAAGGGUCUGCUAAUCUGACCGUUUUGCAAGAGUACCGUCGUCGUGAGAAUGAAUUCUUGGAAAGAGCACAAGAUCUUGAACAAACUACUCGAGAGCGCGAUCAGGCAAAAGAACAACAUGACAGAUUACGUCAAGAGCGUCAAGAUAACUUUUUGGCUGGCUUCAACACAAUUUCUGCAAAGCUCAAAGAGAUGUACCAAACAAUCACUCUAGGAGGUAAUGCAGAGCUCGAACUUGUUGACAGUAUGGAUCCGUUCAGCGAAGGGAUCUUGUUCAGUGUUAUGCCGCCCAAGAAGUCCUGGAAGAAUAUCAGCAACUUGAGUGGUGGUGAAAAGACGUUGAGUAGUUUGGCGUUGGUGUUUGCAUUGCACGCAUUCAAGCCUACGCCACUCUACGCAAUGGAUGAAUUGGAUGCUGCAUUGGAUUUCAGAAAUGUCAGUAUUGUGGCAAAUUUGAUCAAAGAGCGGACGAAAGGAGCUCAAUUCAUCGUUAUCUCUUUACGAAACCAAAUGUUUGAAUUGGCCAGUCGUUUGGUAGGCAUUUACAAGACUAAAGGACAAACCAAGAGCUUAGCUGUUCAUAAUACAGAUCUGCACGCCCUUCCUGCACCCACUCCAGCGGCUGGAAGAUCAUCUGUUCCUAGACCGUCAGUGCCGCCUAUGCCUUCAUCAGCGGCCACGCCAAGGAUGUCUGUUCCGCGAAGUAUCACUGCAACUCCUGGACCUGCUGGUAUGUUGUCUGCGAUGAGUCAAUCUCAGUCCAUGCGUAUGCUACCACCUCCAUCCACGCUUCGUAAGCCAAUGGCAGGACCUUCCAAUCUUGCUACGCCGGCUGCAAAUCGAUUUUCAGCUGUUAUUCCACAAACGCCAAGAACGGGUAAUAUAAGAGGUCUUGGUUUAACUUCAAAUGCUUCAAGUAUAAAAUUAACAUCUUCUCAAUCAAUGCGUGGAAAUUUGUUCAAAUUUGCUGCGACUGGUAACCCUUCUGCAACAACAACAGGUCAAGAUAAGCGUAAGAUCAAGGGCAAGAACUGGACGUAUGGUUCUGCGAAUUUGCUCUAA